UUCCUGAAUCCAGAAACUAUGGUGCCAACUCGAAAGAGGUAUGCCUUCGCACCAUCCAAAUGCUAAUUAUGCGUCUGAGUUUGACCAGAACAAGCGCAAGAGGGCCGAGGAACAUGUCAUUACCGGUUCUACUAAGAAAGCAAAGCGAGCCGACCCGAGCGGAACCGGUAUGGACCUUGUGGGGGGAGCAAUCACCACCGGAGAUGGCACUGGACCCUCCGUCACUGGGGAAUCCAUGGCCUUGCCGGAGCUUCGUGCUCAAAUGUUGGCAUUGUACCCACAACUAAAGUUUCUCGAGGGAGUCUCCGAUCAUCUCCUUGAACCACGGUCAACACAUGCUACGAUGGACUUUGCGCACCGUCUCAAAGUUGAGAGCCGUGUCCAGGUGCUGGAAAUAUUCACGCGUCACAUUUUUGCGGAACUCGAACAGUCGCGCGACGUUCAAGAGAAGCUCGCUUCGAGGUUACAGGACGCAUCGCAACGAACCGAUGCUUUGGAGGCCGAACAUGGCAAUGUCCUGUCUAGCAUCGAUAACUUGAAAGAGGACGCCGCCUCUUGGAUGCGACACGGACCAUAGUCGUAGAAUCGCAUACCAUUGCCAAUGGGAUCCGAGAGGAGAUGGGUCAUUUGAAGGGAGGCAUUCACGAGUCAAUUUCCAACUCGGACAGGAAAAAUGGAAUGGCCAUCCGAAGGCUCAAGGAGAUGCAGAUCGCUACGGCGGCCCACCUGACCUCCUUGGAGCAGUCAACGACGCAACUGGACCGUGAAGAGGCGUAUGAAUCCGAGGAGGAAGUCAGGUUCAUGGUCGAAGACCUCCAAGACCAGAUGGCGGCAGUGGAGGAGACGAAUGGGGAGCAGCAAACGAAGAUGUCUCGCGUUGUCGAGAGCCUGGACGUACUUGACCGCGAGGACCUUCCCGAGCGGAUGAUGGCAGUAGAGGAGGUGACUGGGGAGCAGGGAACCAACGUGUCCCACGUUGUUGAGCGCGUGAACCUUCUUGCUCGCGACAAAGAUACGUAUGAGGCUGCGUUGGCGAUGGAAAGCAAUUUGGAUCACAUCAAUCGUCGCCU